UAGUUAUAACCGUAUUUUGUUGGAAGCAGAAAGACGCAAGAAUUUUGAUCUUGAAAUGUUGAUCGAGUGCAAUGAAUACGACGAAAACUUUACUUUGGACGACGUCAAGGCAGCAGUAGGAAAGCAUUAUGCUCAACUCAUUCCCGAGGUGGAAAAGCCUCGUGCCCUGAGCAAAUACAAUGUCUUUUGCCAUUUACAAAAGACUGCGCCUCUUGAACCUAACCAUGAGGGCACCGAGGCAGUUACUUUGACGUCUCAAUAUCUGUCUGAAAAGUAUAGAAAUCAGACAGAAGCCGAACUCGAGAUACUGGAGGCUCAUACCCAGGAGUUGGAGAAAGGAAAGCUCAUGGGAACCUACGUCAAGUCAGGAUUGGCGAAAUCCAAGGUGGAAUCAACCCUGGUGUCCUUUAUGCGUGCGAUGAAUACUUUUAGCAAGUUUGAAUUCGCAUGUAUUUACGGCCAGGGUGAAUCUUGGUACGACGUGGUUGCUGGAGGUAAGCAUAUAUUAUUCUUUUUUUGGGCCAUUGUUAAUAUUUAUUAUAAAGAGAAUGUCGAGAAAUUGGACAUAAAGAAAUUGAAGAAGGAGGUUAUGUCCUUUGCCUCUCCUCCUCCUCCAGUGAAAAAAGGUUCUUAUAUGAUACUAGUGAAACUACUCCUGUCUCUGUGGCUGCGCACGUCCAAAGAGUUACUACGGCCAAGAAUGCUCUCAAGAGCCUCAUCAGUAAGAUUAAAUCAGAAAAAUUCAAACUGUUUGUCUAAAUUUAUUAUGCAGAUGACCAAUGACUUGGUCAGAGGUGAGGAUCUUGAUGAGCUUCUCCGCGUAGAGGCUUUGGGUGAAGCCAUUGACACUAGCAGGCGUAUAGUUGUUGAUGGCUGGCCAUUAAUUGAUUUCGAGCUGAGAAACUUCUUGUUGCGAGGAAAUUUGACGCGGGUAGAACGUUCUUACAAUCAGCUCAGAUUUAGAAUGAUCAACCCGCUUGCUGAGCCAAGCAGCCCAGUUGUCGAACCAAGUGACAUGGAAAAUCCAUAA